GGCGAAUGGAUUUUUAUGAGAUGGUUUGAGGCACGUUUCAGCUGGUCCACCUCUUGGCUUUGAAUUGUGCGUGAUUACCGGGAGAGAGAGGAGGGAAAGGCGAGAAGCUCAUGGAUCGGGCUGCGGAGGAUCAGCCCGUAAACUCGCCUGUUGCAGCCUCCGACGCCAAAUAAAGAGGAUCACACGGAGGCACAAGGCGCUUUUUUACCUCCCUUUUUCUGUUUUCCUACCGCGGAGCACCCCUUCUGUUCCUGCCCCUCACCGCGUCCAUCCAAGUCGGAGCGGGCGAGAGAGAGCGACCGAGCGACCGACAGAGAGAGCAGUCAACCGGGGGAGUCACGCUGGUUCUCCCCCCUUCCCGACUCUCUCCCUCUCCUUUUUUUGAAAUUAUCCUCGCAUCUACUGGCUACCCCCCCCCCCCCCUUGAUUUCUUUUUUGUGUUCCAAAACUGCACAUUCUCCUCCUCCCUAUACACGCACCCUCCCCGAUCUAUGUGGGAGCCCUGAGAGCGCACCCAGGGGGCAAAACUGUGUAUCAAAGCUCCGCGGAUUCCCCAGGCAGUCUCGGAUCACCGGGGCCAGAGAACUCCCUGCCGGGCCCCCGAAGCAGACAUGCCGCGGAGGAAGCAGCAAGCGCCUCGGCGCGCCGCAGCAUAUGUCCCUGAAGAUGAGAAGGAAGCAGCGCUGUUGGAUGAGGACCUGGAUGGAGAUGACUCAGCUCAGGAAGGGGAGGAGCCUGCUGCCAAGUUCCUAUGUCAGGACAAGGACUUCCUUCUCAAAGACAGGCCAGGAUCUACUGGCUUCCAUGACUCCCCUAACGCUGCUGACUUCUCUGGUCAGGAGCUGGACAGCGAGUCUCACGUGAGCGAAUCCAGUGACAGAAUGUCUGAUUUUGAGAGCUCCCCGCUUAAAAAUGAGGACGACAUCCUCCUCUCUAAAGAAGCCUCAAACGCUCUGUCUCUGUCUUCCACCUCUGCCAUGAUGGCCGCUGCCAGUGCCACUGCCACAGUAAGUGGAGAUGAGGCCAUAUUAGCCACAACAGGGUCUGUGGCUGACAGCCUAGAAAAGAUGAAGGCUAUUUACACCUCCUUCCUGACCAACUCAUAUUGGUCUACACUGAAUCUGAACCUGAGCCAGCCCCCUGCAGAGAAACCUCCUCGCAGUCACAGCAGCAGCAGUAGUAGCAGCAGUAGCAGUAGCUGUGGAAGUGGAGGCUAUGACUGGCACCAGACAGCUAUGGCAAAAACCCUCCAGCAGGCCUCACAGAACCACCACAACAGACUGGGCAUGGUUCAACACCCCACAGUGGCCGUAUCCACAGCGUCUACAGAACCCAACCUCUUCAGUACCGUCCAGCUGUACCGGCAGAGCUCCAAGCUCUAUGGCUCCAUAUUUACUGGUGCCAGCAAAUUCCGCUGUAAGGACUGCAGUGCAGCCUACGACACACUAGUGGAGCUCACGGUGCAUAUGAAUGAGACAGGCCACUACCGCGAUGAUAACCACGAGACAGAUAGUGAGGGUGCUAAACGGUGGUCAAAACCCAGGAAGCGUUCCUUGCUAGAGAUGGAGGGGAAGGAGGAUGCACAAAAGGUUCUGAAGUGCAUGUACUGUGGGCACUCAUUUGAAUCCCUUCAGGACCUGAGUGUCCACAUGAUCAAGACAAAACACUACCAGAAAGUGCCUCUGAAAGAGCCUGUUACACCAGUGGCAGCUAAGAUUAUCUCCACGGCUCGAAAGAGAGCCCCCAUUGAGCUAGACAUCCCCAGCUCACCUGACUCUAAUGGAGGGACCACGCCCAAGCCCACCUCCCUCAGCGACUCUAAUGAUAUACUCCAGAGGGUCACCAACCCUUACAUCACUCCUAACAACCGCUACGGACACCAGAACGGUGCCAGCUAUGCCUGGCAGUUUGAGUCCAGGAAGUCACAGAUCCUCAAAUGCAUGGAGUGUGGCAGCUCUCACGACACACUGCAAGAGCUAACCGCUCACAUGAUGGUGACCGGACACUUUAUUAAAGUCACCAACUCUGCUAUUAAGAAAGGCAAACCCAUUAUAGAGUCGUCCACCUCAGCCCCCACGUCCAAUUCAACAGUUGAAGAAAAGGUCCAGUCUGUUCCCCUGGCUGCCACAACCUUCUCCCCUCCACCCGCCCCAGUGCCUCCUCCAACCAGCAUCUCCCCCUCUGCCAUGGCUGUGGAGAUAAAAAAGGAGGAGAAGGAAGAGGAAUGCACUAAAGAGCCCAUCAUCAACAACGGUAACAAUCUCAACAAGGAGAAGAAGGCAGGAAUGGAGGAGGAGGCUGAGGAGAAGUUUGAUAUCUCGUCAAAAUACACUUAUUUGACUGAAGAGGAUCUGGAUGAAAGUCCAAAAGGGGGUCUUGAUAUCCUCAAGUCCUUGGAGAACACAGUGACCUCAGCCAUCAAUAAAGCACAGAAUGGCGCUCCAAGCUGGGGUGGAUAUCCCAGUAUUCAUGCUGCCUAUCAGCUUCCAAACAUAAUGAAGCUCUCUCUGGGCAAUUCCGGGAAGAGCUCUCCCCUGAAAUAUAUGUUCCCUGGAGGGGAGAUCCUCUCUCCCACUGGCAAGAGCCAGCCUCUGAUCUCCCCUCCCAGCCGCCAGACCUCUCCAUUGCCCAAAAACAACUUCCAUGCUAUGGAGGAACUGGUCAAGAAAGUGACUGAGAAAGUGGCUAAGGUAGAAGAGAAAAUGAGAGAGCCCAGUGUUGGUGUGAGGGCAUCUCCUCUGAGACGUACCACGCCCUCACCCUGCAACAGCGAGGCAGCGGACUCAGCCCGAGGAGAGUCCCCCAAAGAAAACAGAGCAGGUGGUUGUAAAACUCCCGAGAAUACAAAUGGAGUGGAAAAGGUAGUAGGCGAUGGAAAUGGAGCCAAUCAUGGAGAUUCAAAUGGAGAUAUUUCCAUAAAAGAGUCUGUGGAAAAUGGAGUGGAGUCAGCUGCUGUGACAUCGCCCCUGCCUGCCUCCAUGACUGGAAGUACAGCUAUCAUUACAGACCAUCCACCUCCAGAACAACCAUUCGUCAACCCUCUCAGCGCACUGCAGUCAGUAAUGAACGUCCACCUGGGGAAGGCCGCUAAGCCUGCCCUGCCCUCCCUUGACCCCAUGAGCAUGCUGUUCAAGAUGAGCAACAGUCUGGCAGAGAAAGCAGCUGUGGCUGCUUCCACCCCACCAGCACAGACCAAAAAGCCCAGUAAUGACCACUUAGACCGCUACUUUUACCAGCAACAUCUAAACAACGACCAACCCAUAGAUCUCACCAAAGGCAAAAAUGCUGACAAAAACAGCAGUAGUGGUUCUCUGGGUUCGACCGCUCUCUCUUCCACUGCUUCCACCCCGUCCUCGAUUCCUCCCCAUUCCACUGUCACUAUGACCAAAGCCUCAGCUGCAGUAGCUUCCUUCAUGUCCAGCUCCCCUUUGAGAGAAAAUGCCCUGUCAGACAUUUCUGACAUGCUGAGGAACCUGACGGAAAGUCAAGCAGUCUCCAAGUCCUCCACACCUACCAGCCAGUCCGAACGCUCUGACAUCGAAGGUGUUACACAGGAGGAAACAGAAGAUGUUUCACCAGCCCAGAAACGUAAAGGCCGCCAGUCCAACUGGAACCCUCAACACCUCCUCAUCCUACAAGCCCAGUUUGCUUCCAGUCUGAGACAAACAAAUGAUGGCAAGUACAUAAUGUCAGACCUGAGCCCACAAGAGAGAAUGCACAUCUCCCGUUUCACUGGCCUCUCAAUGACUACAAUAUCCCAUUGGUUGGCUAAUGUCAAAUACCAGCUGAGGAGAACCGGUGGCACCAAGUUCUUGAAAAACUUGGAUUCGGGUCACCCAGUGUUCUUCUGCAGUGAUUGCGCCUCUCAGAUCCGCUCACCAUCCACCUACGUCAGCCACUUGGAAUCCCAUUUGGGCUUCCGUCUGCGAGACUUGGCCAAGCUUUCUGGGGAGCAGCUGCUCAGCCAGAUAUCACAGCAACACCAUCAACAACGCCACACCAAAGGACUAUCUGAAAAACUGCUCUCUAACCUUCACUCAUCCAGCCACCCUUUACCCUCCUCUUUACCCACAUCCAUAUCCUCUUCCUUACCCAUGUCCCUGUCCUCGUCCUUAACCACCUCGCUGCCCUCGACUGAAUCCCCGUCACCCUCCCCGGAUGAUGACGACAGUGGGGCCAUGUACCAGUGCAAGCUCUGCAACCGGACUUUUGCGAGCAAGCACGCGGUCAAGCUUCACCUGAGCAAGACUCAUGGGAAGUCCCCCGAGGACCACCUCAUGUAUGUGUGUGAGCUGGAGAAACAGUAGCACUGGCUGGGGACAAUGCUGCACUCUUUCAUAAUGGCUCACUCUUUCUUGCUCUGUCUCUCUUCAUCCUUUCACAGACAUUUCUUUCAAAGAAAAGAAAGGAUUAUUAACGUGAUGGAACUGCACAAAGAUGCCAUACAACUACUGCUUUGAGUUUUGGCACAUGGUUUUAAAUUUUGCAUUGUAGCAGUUUUUUUUUUCUUUGUUUCAGUGUGGGGUAGACUCACUCUGGUCCAACUCACUCGAUUUUAUGAUCUGAGUGUGUGAUGUGAUCUCCUUUGAUAGGACUAGUGAAUUUUUUCAUAAUGUGCAGAUGGGGGCUGUUGUCAUGGGAAGACACAGUAAAUGAAGGUUUAAAAAAAAAAAAAGAGAUUCUAAAAUGAAGUGGUAUGUAUUUUGUGUACAUGGAAAUUAAGUUCCUUUAUAUUUUGGCAUCACUGGGGUGUGAUAAGCUGCAUGCAUAAAAUGAAACAGUUUAGUUAAACAUUUUAUAACUAAAUCUGUUGCACUUUCCAUGAUUUUUUCUCUUCAUGUUGUCACUCUCUCCUGCUCGCUCUGUCUUUGUUUUUUCUUUUUUUCUUAAUAAUGUUUUUGUGCUGGAGUCAGCAUUUAAAAUUUAACCCUCUGAGUACGUCAAAGCACUUCUACACCUAAGAUCCAAACACUAUAGACUGAAAGAUUUGAGAUUGGGAAUUACUGAAGCUAUUGUUGAGAAUUCGAUGGACAAUGUGUGCAUUGUUAUCUGCGAUGAACUGUUUCCCAGACAUAGAGUGUGCUGAGUCUAAUGCUAGUCUUCAUCUUGGGCUUAAUACUUGUCUGGAAGAUGCUCACAGGACAUUGUAGGAAAAAAAGUAUGUAGUAAAAAAGAAAAAAAAAAAGGAAAUCUUAAGUCUUUUACUUUGGUCGAUCAGGGACCUAUAUUAAUUCAGGUCUGUGUAAAAUAUGUAUAUAAAAAACAUAUUAAGUAAUUCCUGUCUAAAUUAUGCAUCAUUUCUAUAUUUUUAAUUUAAAAGGAUUAUGACUAUCUGCUGGUGCACAUUAUAUGAAGACGUAAAUAAAAUUGUUUUGCACAAUAGUUUUAUAAAUGUGUUAUUUAAUCAAAGGAUACGAAAAAAAAGGGAGGUAACAAAGGGAUGACAACAGGUGAAUCUUUUUAUUCCCGACUCGUGCUCAAAGGGUUAAAGACUCUUUUUACCAGACACUACUCUACAUGUGCCGCUGUAUGAACACUAAAAAGAUAUUAAAGGUUGUACAAAAAAAGAUGUUACUUUAUGAAGAUAUUUCACAUGUAAACUGUUAUUUAUAAGCACUCUUGGUUGUUUCAUAUCGUUGAAUGCCUUUUCGAUUGGUGUUUUUUUUCUUCUUUUUUUUUAUUAUUAUUGUUAUUUUUUAUUUUAUUUUUAUUUUUUUUGUUCUGUCUAAUUGCUCUGCCAUGAUUCCACACUGCAGCUUUAUCUUUUUGGGAUAUGAAAGGUAACCAUGGUUACACUAACCCCUUGAGUGACAAGUUCUGCUACAUUUUUGGCAGUUAAUUUGCUGAAGUAACUGACAGCUGCCAGUGUAGAGAAAUAAAAAAAAAAAGAAAAAAAAAAAACUUAUGUGUAAAAUAUUGGCAUGUAAACAGCACAGAUACUGUUAUGCAUUCUGUGCCGUUAGUCUUUUUCAUUUCGUUCUUUCGUUUUCUGUUGUUGUUGUUCUUGACAAUGAACCCCCAUUAUAUGACUUCAUAUAACCUUGUUUUCUACUGCAGCAUUAAAAAAAAGGAAACUGUUUUUUG